AUGUCGUUCAAGAAGGACGAGGAGGUCGGCUCCACCGGCUUCUACCAGGACAAGACUUCGGUCAUCCAGGAAGCCCGUGUCUUCAACGAGACUCCCAUCAGUCCUCGAAAAUGCCGCAUCCUACUCACAAAGGUCAUCUACCUCCUCUACAUGGGCGAGUCCUUCAGCCGACAGGAGGCCACCACCCUCUUCUUCGGCGCCACCAAGCUCUUCCAGCACAAGGACCCUGCGCUCAGGCAGAUGGUCUAUCUCGCCAUCAAGGAGCUCUGCCCCUUCGCCGACGACGUCAUCAUGGUCACAGCCUCCAUCAUGAAGGAUAUGCAGCCCAACGUAGAGGUCAUCUACCGCCCCAACGCCAUCCGUGGCCUCAGCCGAGUCGUCGACCCUUCCAUGGUCCAAGGUCUCGAGCGAUUCUUCAAGUCUGCCAUCGUCGACAAGAACACCUCCAUCAGCUCCGCCGCCCUUGUUUCCGCCUACCAGCUCCAGAUCGCCGCCAGGGAUGUCGUCCGCAGGUGGGGCAAUGAAGCUCAGGAAGCCAUCAAUUCCAAGAGCUCGUCUGGCGCCAGCUUCUCCAGUGGCUUUGCCGGCGCUGGCAGCUACCUUGGCUUCUCCGGCUACGGCUCGUCGCAGGCCCAGUCCCAAAGCAACUACCAGGCCGUCGCCAGCAGCAGCUACAUCACCCAGUACCACGCCCUCGGCCUUCUCUACCUCAUUCGUCAGGGCGACCGCAUGGCCGUCACCAAGCUUGUGCAGCAGCUCGGCGGCGGCCGCGGCGGCGCAUCCAGCGGCCAGGGUAGCGUUCUCAGGAGUCCCUACGCCAUCUGCAUGCUCGUCCGCUACGCCGCCAAGGUCGCCGAGGAGGAUCCCAACUUGCGUGCACCCAUGAUGGAGCUCCUCGAAGGUUGGCUCCGACACAAGUCCGACAUGGUCAACUACGAAGCCGCGCGCGUCAUCUGCGAGAUGAAGAACGUCUCCACCCAGGACCUCUACCGCCCGAUCGCCGUGCUGCAGCUCUUCCUCUCGAGCCCCAAGUCGACGCUCAAGUUCGCCGCCAUCCGCACCCUCGCCAAGCUCGCGCAGACGCAGCCCGCUGCCGUACAGACGUGCAACGUGGACAUGGAGAACCUCAUCACCGACACCAACAGGAGCAUCGCUACGUACGCCAUCACCACCUUGCUCAAGACCGGCAACGAGGCUUCCGUCGACCGCCUCAUGAAGCAGAUCAGCGGCUUCAUGUCCGAAAUCAGCGACGAGUUCAAGGUGAUCGUCGUCGACGCCAUCCGCAGCCUGUGCCUCAAGUUCCCAUCCAAGCAGACCAUCAUGCUCAGCUUCCUCGCCGGCGUCCUCCGCGACGAGGGCGGCUUCGAGUACAAGCGCGCCGUGGUCGAGGCCAUCUUUGACAUGAUCAAGUUCAUCGGCGACUGCAAGGAGACCGCGCUCGCUCACCUCUGCGAGUUCAUCGAGGACUGCGAAUUCACCAAGCUGAGCGUGCGCAUCUUGCAUCUGCUCGGCGUCGAGGGUCCCAAGAUGCCCCAGCCCCACAAGUACAUCCGCUACAUCUACAACCGCGUCAUCCUCGAAAACGCCAUCGUGCGCGCCGCUGCCGUCAGCUCGCUCGCCAAAUUCGGUAUCGCCGACAAGUCGCUCAACGCGAGGAUCAAGGUGCUGCUCGAGCGAUGCCUCGACGACGUCGACGACGAGGUGCGCGACCGUGCCGCCAUGUACCUGCGCGUUCUGCGCGAGUCGAGGCUCGCCGCCAAGGUUGUCAACGACGAGUCGAGCUACAAGCUCACGGCGCUCGAGUCGGCAUUGCAGUCGUACGUCUCGGACCCCUCGUCGUCGACGAGCGGAUUCGACAUCACCAAGAUCCCCCGCGUCACGCGCGAGGAGGCGCGCCAAGAGGCGCUGCGGGCCAAGAGCGAGGCUACAGCCAGCGUGGCGAUGGCUGCCGACAGCUCGCAGAGCGUGCAUGCCAACUCGAACAAGGGUGCUUCGACAUCCAAGGUGACGUCUUCGGGCGACUCGGAAAGCCUGUACGCCCAGCAGCUUGCGGCGGUGCCGCAGUUUGCCGAGUACGGGCCGGUGCUCAAGAGCUCGUCCAAGGCUGUCGAGCUCACCGAGUCCGAGACCGAGUAUGUGGUGAGCGCGGUCAAGCACGUCUUUGCCGAGCACGUGGUGAUCCAGUACAACGUCACCAACACGCUGCCGGAUACCGUGCUGGAGAACGUGGCGGUGGUGGUGGGUGGAGCUGCAGAGGCUGGCUUGCACGAGGAUUUUAUCGUCACAGUGCCUGCGCUGUCGGCGCAAAACCCAAGCGGCACAGUCUACGUCUCGUUCACACGCGAAGGAGGCGCGACGGACUACGCGCAGGCUACGCUGUCCAACACGCUGCGCUUUGUGUCGAAGGAGGUGGACCCGUCGUCGGGCGAGCCCGAGGAGGAGGGAUACGACGACGAAUACCAGACCGAAGAGCUCGAGCUCGGCGUGGCGGACUACGUCAAGCCGGUGUACGCCAACUUUAGCGAAGAGUGGGACAAGCUGGCGUCGGCGCCCUCGGCGACCGAGACGUUUGCGCUUACUGCACUCGACAGCCUCAAGACGGCGUGCGAUACGCUGAUCGAGCUGAUGGGCAUGAUGCCGCUGGGAGGCACCGAGUCGCCAUCGUCGACGUCGGUGCAUACGCUCACCCUGUCGGGAGCCGUGGCGAACCCGGGCAAGCCCGUCAAGGCGCUGGCUCGUUGCAGGAUGACGUUUGCCUCGGGUCAGGGUGUGACGAUGGAGCUGUCGGUGCGCGCCGACUCGGACGAAGCGUGCCAGCUCAUCAUGAGCGCCAUCGCAUAA